UGAUGAACAAAAAUCCUUCCUAGUAAACGGGAGCUAGUAUAAAACUGUUACGAUUUUCGAUAUAGCUGCAGUUGUUUCUAAGUGGCUCAAGGAUUCACACUAAACAGUUAGUCCAAUACGAGAGUAGUAACAUGAAGUUCACUAUCGCCAUCCUUGCAUUGAUUCUGGCCAUCAGCGCUGAAGUAUCCCCAGUUCCAUACGCCCAUGAUGUAGUGGCCUACUCCAACCCUUGGCCUCUGAAGACCAGUUCGGUUUGGCCAACCUACGGUGGACUGUACGGCGGUAAGGUCACUGUGGUUCCGGAAGUUGCCUACGAAAAAUACGCUUACCCGAAUGUGUAUGGAAGCUGGCCUGCCUACGGAAAGAACUGGGGAUACUCUUCUCCGGUUGUUGCUGUCGGAGCAAAGGUGGUUGACAACGGCCUGUGGAAUUACGGAGGAUAUGGCUACGGACAUAGAUACGGUCUGGGAUAUAACAAGGAGUGGCUGUAAGUUUUAGGUCAAUUGCCACUGGAAUAACAUUCGUUUCAUCAUAGUUCCAAAAAUUGAGAUAUAGAUAAAUAAAUACCAGUUGAACAGGACAAAAA